AUGGGUGUUGGUGAAUGUCCAUAUCUCUUCGAACUCUUAGAAGAAAUAAGAAAUACAGAACAAAUAAAAAAUAUUAGUCGAAAUCUUCGGGAAUUUUUUGAUAAACUCGAAACUUGGACAGGAAUAGAAAUAAAUGAUUUAUUUGAUGCAUGGACUGUCGCUGAUAUUAUUCAAAUCGAAGCACUUUACAACAAAAGUUCAUCAUCAAUUGACACUAAUGUACUUUCUCAACUUCGAGAAAUUGUAGGUUUAUGUUUAUAUUAUCUUCUUAAUCCAUUUGAAACAAAUCGAAUUAUUGGAGGUCCACUUAUUGCUGAUAUUAUGAAUAAUAUAUUCAGUUUUAUAUCAAACAAAUCUAAUCAAUGGAAGGCUAAAAUUUACUCUGCACAUGAUACAACUAUUUCUGCAAUAUUAUCUUUUUUUCAAGCUAAUUAUAUUCAUCAACCAUCAUAUGCUAGUGCACUUUUCUUUGAUUUAUAUCAUUUACCAGAAACUGAAAGAUAUUUUUUAAAAGUGGAAUAUUUGAACUCAACAAAUAGUCGUACAACAUAUCCAAUUAAAUUAUUACCAUGUGGUAAUGAAAUGUGUUCUAUAGAAAUCUUGAAUAAAUGGAUUGAAAAUCGACUUCCAAGUAAAGAUAUAAAAACUGAAUGUAUGAAAAGAAAAUUUUAUCAAUUAAAAUAUAAUAAAAAAUAUCAAUUAUUUAUUUAA